ACUUUUAGCGCAGGCGCAGUUAGUAUUCUUUUACAUCACACACGUGCUGCUAGAAGGGCACAGGCAAUACCUCUAAAAUGACAGGUUUAAAAAUGAUUUCGACUGCACGGAUGUCAGCAAGAUACCUGAAAAACUCACCUUUCCUUUUGCAACACAGAAAUGCCUCUGAUUUCUCGCGAAACACAUCCCUUCACAACAUCAUAGGCAAGCAAUGUUGGACACAGAGGAGAUACAGGUCGGACAAGGUGCGUGGCCAUGUUAUCGGUAUAGAUCUGGGCACCACCAACUCCUGUGUGGCUGUCAUGGAAGGCAAGGCAGCCAAGGUGCUGGAGAACUCAGAAGGUGCCCGGACAACACCCUCGGUUGUGGCUUUCACCAAGGAUGGGGAGAGAUUGGUUGGAAUGCCAGCUAAACGUCAGGCUGUAACCAAUGCUGAGAAUACUCUGUCUGCAACAAAACGUUUGAUUGGUCGGCGGUUUGAAGACAAAGAAGUACAGAAAGAUAUGCAAACUGUCUCCUACAAGAUCACUAAGGCAUCUAAUGGGGAUGCAUGGCUGGAGGCCCAGGGCAAGGUGUACUCCCCAAGCCAGGUUGGAGCCUUUGUGCUGAUAAAGAUGAAGGAGACGUCUGAGAACUACCUAGGAACAAAUGUGAAGAAUGCUGUUGUCACAGUGCCUGCAUACUUCAAUGAUUCCCAGCGACAGGCGACGAAGGAUGCUGGUCAGAUAGCAGGACUGAAUGUGCUGCGUGUCAUCAAUGAACCUACUGCUGCUGCCCUGGCCUACGGCAUGGACAAGUCUGCUGACAAAGUUAUUGCUGUGUAUGAUCUGGGUGGCGGUACGUUUGAUAUCUCCAUCCUGGAGAUCCAGAAGGGGGUAUUCGAGGUCAAGUCCACCAAUGGCGACACUUUUCUGGGUGGAGAGGAUUUCGACAAUCAUCUUGUCUCUUUCCUAGCCAAGGAAUUCAAGAAAGAUCAAGGCCUAGACAUCACCAAGGACACGAUGGCAAUGCAGAGGCUGAGAGAAGCGGCAGAAAAGGCCAAGAUCGAGCUGUCGUCCUCCUUGCAGACGGACAUCAACCUCCCAUACCUUACGAUGGACUCCAGUGGCCCUAAGCACAUGAACCUGAAGUUGAGCAGGUCAAAGUUUGAGACCAUAGUAGAUGGGCUCAUCAAGAGAACAGUGGGGCCCUGUCAGAAAGCACUGCAGGAUGCUGAAGUGAAGAAGUCGGAUAUCGGCGAGGUCAUUCUCGUCGGUGGCAUGACCAGAAUGCCUAAAGUUCAAGAAACUGUCCAGGAGCUGUUUGGGCGGACUCCCAGCAAGUCUGUCAACCCUGAUGAAGCUGUAGCUAUUGGAGCAGCCAUCCAGGGUGGAGUGUUGGCUGGUGAUGUGACAGACGUGUUGCUGUUGGACGUCACUCCCCUCUCCCUCGGUAUCGAGACUCUGGGAGGAGUGUUCACCAAGCUCAUCAACAGAAAUACAACCAUUCCCACAAAGAAGAGUCAGGUGUUUUCGACAGCUGCUGACGGCCAAACCCAGGUAGAGAUCAAGGUGCACCAAGGGGAGCGGGAGAUGGCUGCCAACAACAAACUCCUGGGCCAGUUCUCUCUGGUUGGUAUUCCACCAGCUCCUCGUGGGGUGCCACAGGUCGAGGUGACUUUUGACAUUGAUGCAAACGGCAUUGUAAAUGUUUCUGCUCGGGACAAGGGUACUGGUAAAGAACAGCAGAUUGUGAUCCAGUCAUCAGGAGGUCUGUCGAAGGAGGACAUUGAGAACAUGGUGCGCAAUGCAGAGAAGUAUGCCGAGGAGGACAAGAAGAGGAAGGAUGUUGUGGAGGCAGUGAACAGUGCAGACAGCAUCAUCCAUGAUACAGAGACAAAGAUGGAUGAAUACAAGGACCAACUGCCAGCUGAUGAGUGCAACCAGCUGAAGGAGAAGAUCACCAAGGUGAGGGAGGUGCUGGCCAACAAGGACAACGAGACAGCCGACAGCAUCCGCGAGGUCACUUCUGACCUCCAACAAGCAUCACUCAAACUCUUCGAGAUGGCUUACAAGAAGAUGGCGUCGGAGAGGGAAUCCUCCUCCUCUUCCUCUUCCCCUGAGGAACCCAGUGAUUCAACAUCAUCAUCAUCAUCAUCAUCCGAGGAGAAGGAAGAGAAGAAGGAUAAGAACUAAGUGUUUCUGAUAGAAGUUGUGACGGACAGACAUUGAACAGUGGCUUCUUCUGCCAGCACAUGACACAGACACUUGUGAGAAACACGGAUGUGAACAUUAUUGUGUGUGGGUUAGAUGUUCAUUGUGAAUACCGAGUAGUAGUCAGCUCAUCAAGCAGAAUACGUGCAGUUCAUGCAUACAGUCUUGUACAGGUCAUCAACAGGUAGAACAGUCAUCGGAUAUCAUCUUUAUAGAAAAUUUCUUCAUAAAACAGAUCAAAAUAUUUGUUGAUGAUUAAGAUCAUUUUGGAAAGCAAGAUGUAUUUGAUGUGAGCACAACCUAUGUAAUUUCCUGAGAUCGUGAUACAUUGUCAGAGCUGAUGGAGUUGUGUAGUAUUCGGGGGGGGGGGGGGGUGGGGAGAGAAGAGACCAACCUAAACUUUUGCAUUUUCUGUACAUAGUAGCUAUACACAGAAGCAUUUAGUCUAUGAGAUUUGAGUGUGUGGCCAUUUUCAGUGGAAGGAUGUAAACUGUAGAUAUGUGUGUGAUUCAUAGUCCUGUGGGACUCAAAAUGAAACAUUGGUUACCUCCCUUUUGUAAUCCAUUGUCUCUCUAUAUCAUAAUAUAUAUACAUGUGCAGAAGUGUGUACUGUUCCUCUUUCAUCCAUAUGUACCAUUAUGUUACAUACUAGAAGUGAGGCUUGUUCUAUCUGUACCAUAGUUAGGGCUGUAACGACGCUAUUCAUUGUUUCAAUGCAUAUCUCUGGUAUAAGUGGUAUUGGAAAUUAAAUAGGAAAGUCAAGGGAUCUUUGUCACCAUCCUAAUGUUAGAAGGCAAACAUGUAGGGGGGGCAUUAGAUUCUAAGAAUACAGGAUCAAACCUCUGGAGCCAUGGGACCCCUCUUGAUUAAUCCAUUUUUACUGGAAAAGAUUAGUAGCACAACUAAAAUAAGUAUGGUAGAAUUAAGUUGAUUAAUAACACAGGCUUGAGAUCUCUUGUACAUUUAAGGAGAAAAUAAUUUAUUUUCCUACCUGUCAACCUUUUUAUAUCUAUAUAUGAUGUACUGUUGUCUAUAUAUGAUGACUCAAUAACUGUCCAUACUGUAGUCAUUAUAGCAUAGAGUAUCGUUACACCCCUAAUAGUUGGUCCAAAUCUAAUGAUCAACUAUUUCAAAUCCAAUGAUUAAAGUUGAAUCUCAAGAGGACAGUAUUAGCAUGUAAAUUUGAUUGUGUCAUUGUUCUGUGUGAAAGUACAAAUUUUGUGUUCAUGCAUGAGUUUGUUUCACUUUGAAGUAAGAGAACAAACUGCUGUCUGAGAUAUGAUAUUUAAAACCCAAAACGUGCUGUCACAGAAGGCUGUGUUGUCUGAUUCAUCUUCAGUUUCUUUAAUAAGCAUGUUAAAGAUAUUUAGGGGUGUCUCCAGAGUAACUUCUGAUAAUUAUGGUAAUAGUGUAUGUUGUUCAGAUACUAUUGGAAUAUUUUAUGAUCUACAAAUCAUUUGAAUUGCAAACAUGCUAUCAUAUUGCCAAAUGUCAUUUGAAAAGAGUUUUUGCAUUGUAUAUUUAUGAAACUAGUAUUGUAAUUAUUUCGGAGUAAAUAGAAAUGCUAUAAAGUAAAAGAA